CGGAGGAAAAGAGCCCCGAGAAGGAAUCAUGUAUGAUGAUGCCAGAGUGUCUUCUCCUAACGAUGGUGCAAACAGAAUGGCUGCAAUUUCUGCAGCAGGAACCGCUGCAGGUCCAGGAGGGGCAUCACCAUCUGCAGUUCUUCUGCCUAAACCUGAGGAGCAGCAGCUCAAGGAGGAGGAACCCGAUCCCAAAGUAGAGCCUGUGCUGUUGAAAAAGCCACACAGAGAGAUUCUGGACCAUGAGAGGAAGAGGAGGGUGGAGCUGAAAUCCAUGGAGCUUCAAGAGAUGAUGGAAGAGCAAGGGUACACUGAAGAAGAGAUUCGGCAGAAGGUGAGCAUCUUCAGACAAAUGCUGAUGGACAAAGAGGGUGUUAUCACCCGUGACAGCUCACACGUACAGCCAGUGGUCAACCACCUGCACUUUGAGCCUCAUGAGUACGAAGAUGACCCAGAAUUGGCCGGCUGUGACGAUGGCGACUAUGAUGAUUACCAUGACGACAACAGAGUAAAGAAGAAAUCGAGCAGCUCACCAUCCCCUCGGCCAAAGAAAAGGAAGAAGAAGAAAUCUGGCCGCAAAAGAAGUCGACUUUGCAGCUCCUCACCCACCCGCAGAGAGAAGAAGAAAAAGAGUGGGAAGAAACACAAGCGAGACAGAUCUGCAUCUGGCUGUAGGAAAAAGAGGAGACACCGAUCAUGCAGCCCAAAGAACAAACACAAAGACAAGAACAAACAGAAAAAGAGGUCACCUGCUGAGACACCAGGUCGGAGUUCACACCGUCAAGGCAGCUGCUGCAGCUCCCGUAGUGCCUCCUUGUCCUCCACACGGAGCACCUCCAAAUCUCCUGCCAGACUCAACUCCAAACUCAAGACAGAAGGACAAAAGAUGUCCAGCACCUUGCUGUCACCGGGCCACAACAGUCCUACCACAUGGCAUAAUGGGGACCACACUCAACGAAGCCGCAACGGCAAGCCCAGCAGACUCAACCAUGCCGACGGCCAGAAGGGGCUCAAUAAGCUCCAUCUGCCUGCUGCUGCUGCCUCUGUGAGUUUCCAGUCCACUCUGCUGAGAGAGCACAAGCUCCACAGCGCCCCCAGCAGGAGCCAGGUGGAACAGCCCGGUGCAGCAGGAAAGGCUGUGAGCGCAGAUGGCAGGAACACAGCUGUAGGGAGCGCCAUGAGCCAGACAGGGAGGCCAGGGAGUCAGAGGGGCCCAACUAAGAGCUCCCAGUCCCCCGCCAAGAGCAGUGACUCAACCCACUCCCAGCACAACCACGCCCACAGAGGGAGGAGCUCACGGCGGCAGAAAAAAGCAAAAGGCGGCCACUCUUCAAAGCGGCACCAUCGGCCCGCUCGGGGUCAGGCUCACCACCGGAGCCCGUCCGCGUCUCCGGGACGCCACUCACACACCUCAGCCAGGAAAAAAGCAGAGUGUCGAAGCCGGCAGAACCUCCGGCAGCGCAGCAGCUCCUGGAGCAGCGGGCACUCGUCGUCGCGCUCCGCCUCCAGAGACAGAGGCCUCAGCAAGACCAAGUCCCCACACGCCAGAGACAACAACUCCAGGGAGAGGGACAGCCUGAACCGCUCCGAUCCAGAAAGCCGAGCUCGCCGCCGUUCACGCAGCUACUCGCCGAUUCGCAAAAGGAGAAGAGAUUCUCCCAGCUUCAUGGAAGCUCGCAGGAUCACCAGUGCUCGGAAACGGCCGAUUCCCUACUAUCGGCCCAGUCCUUCGUCAUCGAGCUACGACAGCAGCCCCUCGCGGUCCAGUCGCAGUCGCAGUCGUAGCUACAGCAGCUACAGCCGCAGCAGGAGCCACAGCCGAAGCCACAAUAACCGAAGCCACAGCCGAAGCCAGAGCUGGAGCAGGAGCCGGAGCUGGAGCAGGAGUCACUCACGCAGUCACCACAGUCGCUCCAGUCGAAGCAGCUAUGACAGCCCCGGCUUCUGAACACAAAGCACACAACAGAGAAAUGCAGUGAAGCCGUCCUGCUCAAUGGAUCUCGAACAGUGUCCAAGUAUAAUCCAGGACCCAAAGUCCUCCACUUUAAUCCAUUAUUGCUAUGAACCUGGAUCAAAGAGGAGAAAUGCAUCCUGUACUCUGAAAUUGGCUUUCAUCGUUCGUGUAUUCACGUACCCAUGUAUGGGUUACCACCACUAGGGGCUGCACGACUUAUAUCAACACAAGU